AUGCUCCAUGAUUUCAAGCCGUCGCAACUCCACCUCCGCAACAACAUCCUAUUUCUUUUUUUAUCUGGCCAAGGACCGGCGGCAAUCGAUAGGCGUCUGGAGGAAAUUCACAAGGAGGAAGCUCCUGUCAGAAGCGCACUUUGCAAGUGGCACUCAAAGUUUGCGUCGGGCGACUGUUCCAUCGAAGAUGGAAACUUUCCGGGAAGCACAAUGGACUUGGAUUUGGACGUGCUGCGGAGCCACGUGGAAGCCGAUCCGUAUCAAACUACUCGAGAACUGACAGUCACUCUCGGGGUGAGUCAGUCCACAGCUGUUCGUGGAUUGAAGUCAAUCGGCAAGGUACGAAAGCUCGGUCGAUGGGUGCCUCAUGCUUGGGAGCAGUAUGACAUGGAUCAGUGCGCUAACGUGGCACUUUCUCUCCUCACGCUCAGGCGCAUCCACACGUGGCUCGAGCAUCCUGUCACUAGGAAUGAGGAGUGGAUCCUCUACUUUGACGUUCACUGGCGUGCUCAACGGGUUGACAAAGGUGCGGAUGCAGGGGGCUUCCCUAAUUCCAACGUACCCACUAUAGUCUGCUCUGCAUCUGGUAGAGCGUUCACGGUGUCGAAUACUGGGAACUGGGACAAAGGAUAUACAGUGACCGCAGACGUCUACAUUAGGCAACUUAGGAAUUCGAAAGCGAAUCUCGAAGUUUCACGUCCACAGCAGCACAAAGUUUACUUACAGCAGACAACGCUCGGCCGCACAUUGCAAGAACGACCGAACAGAAUUAAUGAAUUUCGGCUGGACACUUUCAUCACUUGCACCAUAUUCACCAGGCUUGGCUCCCUCGCAAUGCCGCCUUUUUCUCCAUCUCCAACGUCAUCUGAAUGGACAAGACCUUCAGACCCGCAACGACAUCAAAAUGGCACUCGAGCAAUUCUUCGGACCAGCACCGAGCGUUCCGGAGCAGGGGUAUCUACGAUCUGCCCGAGCGUUGCCAGAAGACCAUCGAUGCCAAUGGGGCAUAUUUCGAAUGAUUCCCUAUUGUCGUUUAAAAAUUGUAAGAUAAAAAUAAUCAUUGUCAAUUGGCCCGACGAUUAA